GCGCGGCGCGCUCAGUAGCCGCUCACCUUUCCCAGGCUGCGUGCGGGUCUGGCCGGGAGGCUGCGGGCGGUGGGGACUGGUGGAGAAGUCCGGUCUUGUGCAGCUGCUAUUCCUCGGUUCUCCAAGGACCAGGCACCGGUAGAUACAGAAUGCUGCUGCUUUCCUUCUCCCGGUCACUUCCUGCCUUGUGACACCCGGGUUGACAAAGUUGUUCUGCAGAACAGAAAGAAGGAGUUUCCGCUCACUCGCCAGUACCACUGAGCACAGUUUUUGUACCAGAUCUGUUGCCUACAGUAAUAAAAAAUGGCCAGAGGAUCAGUGUCCGAUGAAGAAAUGAUGGAGCUCAGAGAAGCUUUUGCCAAAGUUGAUACUGAUGGCAAUGGGUACAUCAGUUGCAAUGAGUUGAAUGACUUGUUCAAGGCUGCCUGCUUGCCUCUGCCUGGAUACAGAGUGAGAGAAAUUACGGAGAACCUAAUGGCUACAGGAGAUCUGGACAAGGAUGGGAAGAUCAGCUUUGAUGAGUUUAUCAAGGUUUUUCAUGGACUAAAGAGCACAGAAGUUGCCAAGACCUUCAGAAAAGCGAUCAAUAAGAAGGAAGGGAUUUGUGCAAUUGGUGGGACUUCAGAACAGUCUAGUGUUGGCACCCAACACUCCUAUUCAGAGGAAGAGAAGUAUGCUUUUGUCAACUGGAUCAACAAAGCCCUGGAAAAGGACCCCGAUUGCCGGCAUGUCAUCCCAAUGGACCCAAACACCAAUGAUCUCUUCAGUGCUGUUGGGGAUGGCAUUGUCCUUUGCAAAAUGAUCAAUUUGUCAGUGCCAGACACAAUUGAUGAAAGAACGAUCAACAAGAAGAAGCUCACCCCUUUUACCAUUCAGGAAAAUUUGAACCUGGCUCUGAACUCUGCCUCAGCCAUCGGGUGCCACGUGGUUAACAUUGGGGCUGAGGACUUAAAGGAGGGGAAGCCCUACCUGGUCCUGGGACUUUUGUGGCAAGUCAUCAAGAUUGGGUUGUUUGCUGACAUCGAACUCAGCAGAAAUGAAGCUCUGAUUGCUCUUUUGAGAGAAGGGGAGAGCCUGGAGGAUUUGAUGAAACUCUCCCCAGAGGAGCUUCUGCUGAGGUGGGCUAAUUACCACCUGGAAAACGCAGGCUGCAACAAAAUUGGCAACUUCAGUACCGACAUCAAGGAUUCGAAAGCUUAUUACCACCUGCUUGAACAGGUGGCUCCAAAAGGAGAUGAAGAAGGUAUUCCUGCUGUUGUCAUUGACAUGUCAGGAUUAAGGGAGAAGGAUGACCUCCAGAGGGCAGAGUGCAUGUUGCAGCAGGCGGAGAGGCUGGGCUGCCGGCAGUUCGUCACAGCCACGGAUGUUGUCCGAGGGAACCCCAAGUUGAACUUGGCUUUCAUUGCCAACCUGUUUAACAGAUAUCCUGCCCUGCACAAACCGGAGAACCAGGACAUUGACUGGGGGGCUCUUGAAGGUGAGACAAGAGAAGAGCGGACGUUUAGGAACUGGAUGAACUCCUUGGGCGUUAACCCACGAGUCAAUCAUUUGUACAGCGAUUUAUCAGAUGCCCUGGUCAUCUUCCAGCUCUACGAAAAGAUUAAAGUCCCUGUUGAUUGGAACAGAGUAAACAAACCACCAUACCCCAAGCUGGGGGGCAACAUGAAGAAGCUUGAGAACUGUAACUAUGCAGUGGAAUUGGGGAAGAAUCAAGCUAAGUUUUCCCUGGUUGGCAUUGCUGGACAAGAUCUCAAUGAAGGGAACCGCACCCUGACAUUGGCCUUGAUCUGGCAGCUAAUGAGAAGGUACACGCUGAAUAUUCUGGAAGAAAUUGGAGGUGGGCAGAAGGUCAAUGAUGACAUUAUUGUCAACUGGGUGAAUCAAACAUUGAAAGAAGCAGAGAAAAGUUCAUCCAUCUCUAGUUUCAAGGACCCGAAGAUCAGUACAAGCCUGCCUGUUCUGGAUCUCAUCGAUGCCAUUCAACCAGGUUCCAUUAACUAUGACCUUCUGAAGACAGAAAACCUGGACGACGAAGAGAAACUCAACAAUGCAAAGUAUGCCAUCUCUAUGGCCCGAAAAAUUGGAGCAAGAGUAUAUGCCCUUCCAGAAGACCUGGUGGAAGUGAACCCCAAAAUGGUCAUGACGGUGUUUGCUUGCCUCAUGGGGAAAGGCAUGAAGAGGGUGUAAGGCCUGUGGGGCGGGGCUGGAGGUGCAUGCUCGUUCCUGGCUGCUCGUUCCUGGCUGUUCCUGGAUGCUCCCAAGAAGCGCGGGGACGGUUCAAGCCGUUCCAGAGUUUUCAACUUGGUGACAUUAUACAAGAUUCCAAAAAGUGUAUAUUUGUUCAGCCAAGUAGCCUCUUCUGUAUUUAACAAAAAGUGCUUAAUUCUUUGCAAAAGACCCAAUCUCUUACAAAUAUUUUUUUAUCAUUGAAUUUAUUGCUUUGAAAAUCUAGAGAAAAAAAGAACCUAUUUUCCAGGCACCUUUCCUGCUUUUGCCAUUAGUCAAGUAUAAAAGCUGCGGUGUUAUUAAUUUUAACGUAAUCUUUCAAACCAGCUUAAUUUGGCUGCCUUUUUGUUCAAGGUGAGGACUGGGAGGGGGGAAACAUCGAACCAGUCCCAAAGCCUGUUUCUGGAGGCCAACGUUUGAUCUGCUACAACCCUUUCUUUCUGUCCCCCUUCUCCUCCACUCCAUCUCCCUGUGGCUUUGCUCUCCAGCCUCUCAGAACGAUGCCUUCUCGAUGGCCCGCCCCUGCUGCCCAUCCUCGUCUCUGGGCCAUUUAGAUCAUCUGACAAAUUGGUCAGGCUGUCGUGGUCCCAGGAGUUUCUGGUAACCGGCAGAAGUAAGACUCAUCAUCAGAGCCUUUCCUCAAAACUAGGAUCUCAAAUGUCAUCAGUUUUUGUUUUUUUCCAGCCAAUAGGAAGCCCUCUGUCUUUAACCCUAGGAUUUGGGCUCAGACCAGAUCUAACAUCUUGAAUACUGUGUCUUAAAUAGUCUUAACUCUUGGCGGAAGGUUAGAUCCAAAGAGGGUGUAAUUGAGGAGUUGACCACUAGGGAGCAGCAUGGAGCCAUAGCAAAACGAUGCUUUGGUGCUCCCUCUCCAUGUAUUUAGCCCUGCAUGUUGGAUCUAGUUAUUGUGGUAUGGCUAAAUAUCUGGUGAGGGGGAACAAUCCUCUGCUUGCUUCUGCUCUUAGACCUUAGUGUAUCUGAUUGCUGCCAGGCCAUAUUUUCAAUGAUUACUGUUUUGGUACUGUAGAAGCUUUUGCCACCCGCAAGCUCCCAGGGGGCAAUAUGUGCCAAUGAACAGCACCCCCAUCUCACCCCUAUCCCAUCCCCCAAACUCACAUACACACUUACUUACCAAGUGUCAAGCUGGAUAAGAACUGGCUGAGUUGCUUUAUGCAGAGCUAAUUUACUGGAUAAUUCAAGAAUUCCCAAACAAAACCAGAGGAACAGUGUGAAAUUGAGCAGCCCUAACAGGUUAUAUGAUUUCUGUGAAAACCUACCAAAGGCCAAAAAAGCAACAGAGCUUUGUAAACCAACACUAGACUCUCUCCAUCGCGCUGAAGGACUUGUCGAUGAGCAAUCUUCUUUAGGGGUGAUAUGUAACGAAAUUAGCCAUUUUUCAAAGCAAUUGAAAUGUAUCGCCCUGGAUCUGUCGCUUGGCAGUGGGCUCAGGAAGCCAAUGUGUGCCUUCUCCCAGCCCAUAACCUGUAUUUCUGCUGCAUCUGAAUGCAAAGUGGUUGGCUUAGUCUUAAUCUGCACUUAAUGUAGCCUCAGAUGAUUCUCCCCCAUCUGUCUCCAGGAAGAAUGUUACUGCCUUAAUGGAAAGUGAAGAUAAAAUAAUGCUCAACUUCUCUCCAAAUAAAAUGUUCCCUGUA